AUGGGAUAUAGUUUACAACUCUACGUAGUCUGCGCUUUUGCAGCAAUUGGUGGUUUCUGCUUCGGUUACGAUUCAGGAAUCAUUUCUGGUGUCUUGACCAUGCCUACUUUUAUUGGCAAAAUGACUGGUGGUAGCACUUACCUUACUGCUAUACAACAAUCUGUCAUUACCGGUCUCUUGUUGGCUGGUUGUUUCGUUGGUUCUCUCUUUGCUGGUCAACUCUGUGAAAGACUUUCUCGUAAGUACACCAUCAUUGUUGCUUCUGGUGUCUUCUGUAUCGGUGCUGCUGUCCAAACUGGUGCUACUGGCUAUGACAUGAUCCUUGGUGGUCGUUUUGUUGCUGGUCUCGGUGUCGGUUCUCUUUCCAUGUCUGUCCCUCUUUACUUGUCUGAACUUGCUCCCAAGGAAAUCCGUGGUCGUCUUAUCUCUCUCCAACAACUUACCAUUACCAUUGGUCUCAUGGUUGCUUUCUGGGUCAAUGUUGGUACUGAGAAUUUGAUUACCGAUGCCGCCUGGAGAAUUCCCCUUGGUAUCCAAAUUGCUCCUGCUGCUAUCCUCUUUGUCGGUACCAUCUUCCUUCCUUUCUCUCCCCGUUGGUUGAUUAAGAAGGGCCGCAAUGCUGAAGCUUUGUCUGUCCUCGCUAGACUCCACUCUAAUGGUGAUGAAACUGCUCCUCACGUUGUUGCUGAAUACGAAGAAAUCAUUGCUCAAGUUGAACACGAACGUGCCGUCUCUGUUGAUAGCUACCUCGAACUCUUCAAGGGUACUUUGCUCAGAAGACUCGUUUUGGGUAUCCUCAUUCAAGUCUUCCAACAAUUCACCGGUAUCAACUCUAUCAUGUACUAUGCCCCUACCAUCUUCCAACAAGCUGGUGUUCCCGGUCGUUCUGCUUCUUUGAUUGCCUCUGGUGUUAACGGUGUUCUUAACGUCCUUUCCACCAUCCCUGCUAUUCUCUUCCUUGAUCGUCUUGGUCGUCGUUUCGUCUUGAUAUCUGGUGCUCUUGUUAUGGGUACUGCCAUGUUGCUUUGUGGUAUCGUUAUGGGUGCUACUGGUCGUGUUUACAAGGAUGACGAGUCUGGUCAAAACAAGGUUGACAUGUCUGGAAACACCUCUGCCUCUUACUUCUGUAUUGUCAUGGUCUACUUCUUCGUUGCCGGUUUCGCCUACUCUUGGGGUCCUUGUGGUUGGGUCUACCCCGCUGAAAUCUACCCUCUCUCCAUUCGUGCCAAGGGUACUUCUCUCACCACUGCUGCUAACUGGCUCAUGAACUUCAUCAUCUCUCUCUUCGUCCCUGUCAUGCUUACUACCAUCACCUGGGGUACUUACAUUUUCUUUGGUUGUUGUUGUGUUGUCAUGGCUACUUGUGUCUUCCUUUUCUACCCCGAAACCAAGGGUCGCUCUCUCGAAGAGAUGGAUGUCGUCUUCUCUGGCCGUAUUCUUACUUUCAGAGAUGUCAAGGAAGCUGACCGCAAGCUCAAGAGCCAACAAGCUGGUAAGACUGAGUCUUACGACGAUGUCAAGGAAGAACAAGUCUAA